UGCUCUCCAAGCACAGCUAGUGGUGUGCCCCUUGUUCGAAAGUUACCAUGUAUCGAACUACAGAACGGUAAUGGCAAAGGGAAGGACAGAUCGCGCGUACAAGGAAUGACGUUUGGACACAGACCUGGAUUGCAACAUUAGAAACGCUCAGUCCAGAAACCCGGAAAAUGCCGCGCUGCCGCCUCUGAUGCCAGGAUGACGACCCACACCCGCGGGGCCCCCACGGUGUUCUUCAUAAGCCUGCUGUGGCCCCUGGCGGCUCUGGCCACCCCGGCCCCGGGGGAGGUGGACCCCAGCGGCGGCAUCGCGUUCCUGGGGGGGAACUACGACGGGCACCCCAUGCUGUACUUCGGCAGGGCCGAGGAGGAGGAGCUGCAGAGGUCGGCUGCGGGCAGCCGCAGCGUGUUGGCGAGCCGCAUCCGCGAGGCGGGCGAGGCCAUGCUAGCGCAGCCCGACGACUACCUCCCGCCAUGGAGCCCGGCCGAGUUCAGCGCCCGCUGGAACGAGGUGUACGGAAACAACCUGGGAGCCCUGUCCAUAUUCUGCCUGCUCUACCCCCACAGGGCCGGGGCCCUGGACAUGGCCCGAGACUACAUGGAGAGAAUGGCAGCUCAGCCUAGUUGGCUGGUAAAAGACGCUCCCUGGGACGAGGUUCCCCUGGCGCACUCUCUGGUGGGCUUCGCCACGGCUUACGACUUCCUGUACGAGUACCUGAGCAAGUCCCAGCAGGAGCGCUUCCUGCAGGUGAUCGGCAACGCCACCCGCUACAUGUACGAGAAGUCCUACAGCCGCGGCUGGGGCUUCCAGUACCUGCACAACCACCAGCCCACCAACUGCGUGGCCCUGCUCACUGGCAGCCUUAUCCUCAUGAACCAGGGUUACCUGCAGGAAGCCUACCUAUGGACCAAGCAGGUCCUGGCCAUCAUGGAGAAGUCCCUGGUUCUUCUACAGGAUGUGACAGACGGGUCACUGUAUGAGGGUGUGGCCUAUGGGACUUACACCACCCGUUCCCUCUUCCAAUACAUGUUCCUGGUCCAGCGCCACUUCGCAAUUGGACACUUUGAUCACCCCUGGCUCUUGAAGCACUUUGCCUUCUUAUACAGGACAAUCCUGCCAGGGUUCCAGAGAAGUGUGGCUAUAGCAGACUCCAACUAUAACUGGUUCUACGGCCCAGAGAGCCAGCUGGUGUUCCUGGACCGCUACGUCAUGCGCAAUGGCAGCGGAAACUGGCUGGCAGACCUGAUCCGACAGAACCGGGUGGUGGAGGGACCCGGCCAGUCUGGGAAGGGUCAGAGGUGGUGCACCCUGCACACAGAGUUCCUCUGGUAUAAUCCAAACCUGACCUCAACCCCUCCACCAGAUUUUGGUACAUCCCGACUACAUUAUUUUGAGGACUGGGGAGUGGUCACUUAUGGAAGUGCCUUACCAGCGGAUGUCAAUCAGACAUUUCUGUCCUUCAAGUCAGGAAAACUAGGAGGACGUGCAAUAUAUGACAUUGCACACAGAAACAAGUACAAAGACUGGAUUAAAGGGUGGCGUAAUUUCAAUGCUGGACAUGAGCACCCUGAUCAAAACUCUUUCACCUUUGUGCCUAACGGAGUGCCUUUCAUCACGGAAGCGCUGUACGGACCAAAGUAUACCUUCCUUAACAACGUGGUCAUGUUUGCUCCGGCUGUCUCAGACAGCUGCUUCGCACCAUGGGAGGGUCAGGUGACUGAGGCCUGCAACUCCAAGUGGCUGAAGUACAAGCACGGUCAGGCCGCAGAUGCCCAGGGCAGCGUGCUGGCAGCUAUGGAGAGGCAGGGGAUGGUGUUCAUUCGUGGGGAGGGGAAAGGUGCCUACAGCCCUGACCUAAAGAUAAAGAGCUUCCAGAGGAAUCUCAUCCUGCUCCAUCCUCAGCUGUUGGUCCUGGUGGACCAGAUCCAUCUGGAACAGGACAGCCCAGUGAAGGCCACGAGCACCUUCUUCCACAACACCGACCUACCUUUCGAGGGAACCCAGAAAGAUGGCGUGCAUGGCGCAUUUGUCAGGCAUGGGGACGAUUCGUACAAAAUGUUCUGGAUGGACGAAACGGGUUACAGUGCGAAAGGGCUUCUUGGGUACAGAAGCUACCCUCGCGGGUAUCCCUACAAUGGAUCAAACUAUGUAAAUGUGACUUUGCCCCUUAAACACUUAAUGACCAGAGUGGCGUAUAUCUUUUUUGGCCCAGGGGUAGAUGUGCAGAGCUUCAGCAUGCGUGGGGAUGCCCAGAGAGUGGACAUAUACUUGGCCACUAGUGAACACACCUUCACUGUCUAUCUGCUCACCGGGGAAGUCACCAGCAAGCCCAUCUUUGCUAUGGUGCUUGCCAACCGCAAAAAGGUGGUCUUCGAGAAGUCAGCAGGGCUGACGGAAAGCCCGUUGGAAGAGGUGGAUGAGUAUGUCAAUCUGGUGGAGGACAACCUCCAGCAUGCCAAGCCCAUCUUCCAGCAGCUGGAGAGGCAGAUUCUGGCACGGGUCCUGAACACUGACCGCUUCCGCAAGACUGCCGAACGUCUCCUGCAGUUCUCGGACAAAAAGAAGACAGAGGACGCUAUCGAGAAGAUGUUCUCCCUCUCCAAGAAGCAGGGAAAAAGCAAGGGCUCCAGGAAAGGAGCACUGCUUGACAAAUUCUCAGACACCCUGCCAGACAUCUUUGCCCAGAUUGAGGUGAGUGAGAAGAAGGAGAGGCAGAGGGUCAUGAAGCGUGUAUAUGAGGACAAUCCAGAGGAAGGGGACGGGGACUCCAGAGCCUUUAUGGACUACGGAGACCCCCGCAAAGGCAAGAAGGGCGCCUUCGUAAAAGGUCGGAAAUACAAAGAGGUUCACAUGGUGGCCACUGCCGGGAGUGAUGACGUGUCCAGCUCCGCUUCUUACAUACGGCUGUUCCUCAUUUUAAACAUCGCCACCUUCUUCGUCCUGCUGGCCUUGCUGUUGACGCGCUUUCAGAAAGCCCAAAGUCUGCACACACAGCGAUGUUUCUACUGCAUCCUGCUCAUUGACAGCUUUAUCCUGCUCUGCUUGUACUCCUCCUGUUCACGGGCACAGUGUUGACAUAACAGAACAUUGGUUUACAAAUCUUCUGAACUGUUUGCUCUUUGCAUUGGGUGAAAAAUGUACGACACCUCAGUCUGAGCCAAUCCAACUUGGGUGACCAGGAAAAGUUAAUUCCAAAUUGGAAUUGAUAGAAUACCAGGAUUAGCCAGACCACUGACGGGAUCCUAAGCUUCUGUGGAGCUUUAUAAUUGUGGUCAGUGAAUCAGUGAUAUUCUUUCCUGGUCCUGUUGGGCCACAGGGUCUGCUAGUUUUUGUUGUUACUCAGCACUUAAUUGAUCAGAUCGAAAACAGUCGAUUUCACAACUCACCUCACCUGGUUUCCUUGGUCUGAAUAGGUUGCAGAUAUUAAGUCAAAAACAAAACCAGCAGACCCUGACAGAACCAGAAACAAAGAUCACUAGCCUAUAAUGAACAUUGUUGUGUGGUUUUAUUUCCUGCCUCUAACUUAAAGGCCAGCCACUAAAAUGCAGAGAUGUCCUACACCAGGGGCCCCAAAGCUUGAUCCUGCAGGAGAGCUAUAGGAUGUGCUGGUUUUUCUUGAUAAUCAGAACUUAACUAAUCAAUUAAAGCAAUUAAUUACAGUUAAUUCACCUCGUCAUGUAUCUUGGGUCUAAAUUAAGUGCUGAUUUUUCAGUAAAUACAGCAGCCAGCAUAUUCUCUCGCACUCCAGGACAUGUGUUGGUGAGCCCCUGCUCUAAACUAUGCACAUAGUUAAUGACACGUUUUUUUUUACGUUGCCUGGAAAACAAUGAAAAUGUACAUAUGUUAAAAUGAGAUAUAUUUUUCAGGUGUUGUUUUAUACUUUAACUCUUUGUAAUUAAAAAAUACAAGCAGAAAUUAA